UUUCCGCGCUGCGCACGCAGUUCGGCGCCAUUUUCAAACGCAUAGGCUGGGGAGGCGUUUUUAUCAAUCCCUGAGGAGUCUGACAAUCCGGCCGCAUCCCGCGCCUCCUCUGCGAGCCCCUGCCAAAACGCCCACACGUGUUCCCCCCCCUCUGAUGGCACAAAUCCCUUUGACUUUGCUUCAAAAACUCAGCCACAGCCAGAAUGUAUAGAAAAGUCACCAAAUUCGUUGUAAAUCAAAUGGAUGCAUACAAAGAAUUGGAUCCUGUUGAGAGCAUUGCAGACAAUGAGCACUUCAGGCCUCUCUGCCUACUGAUUAAAAAAAAAAAAUCAAACCGCAUAUUCCACCGAACUCCCUACUACCAAAGAACAGGCUUCAUACUGGAUGAUGUGCUGCUGCCUGGAGAAGAUGCUACAAGCACAGAGUCCCUCCAUCAAGAUUACAAGCAAUUCACUCUCACAAAAGUCACAGCUGAUGAAGUUGAUGGAGGUCUCAGCAUUUCACUUGAUCCUGCAAGUGUAGAGCUGAAAGGAGGUGCCUCCUUGUCCAAUGGGUUUUCUGUCAAGAUACAGAAGAAGAGCAUAUCACAGCAAUACCUGGAGGCACUGACAAGAGAAAGGAAAAUCAACAUGGAUCACUCCUUCAUCCGUCAGCUCCAGAGAACUGGCAUCAGGCUGUACGUGGUCACUGAAACCCUCGAGGCCUCAGAGGAGGCCGUGUACGAGGAAUCCACCAAGGCAGACGGGGGCUUCAAGGCCAAAUUUUAUGCUUCACUCUGUGCAAAGGGCACCAGAGAGAGCAACCAAGCUAUAGUGAUACCCAAGGGAUGCACGCUGGCCUUCAGGACCAUCCUACUGCACAUUAGAGAUGGAGCAUGGGAUCUGGUAUAUUUCCAAGACGAAGAUGAAGAUCAUGUAGUUGAGGACAGGCAAGGUUAUGCGGAUGAUGAAAAAUUAGAAGAAGUGAGGACAGAAGUUAAAAAGUCCUGCCGAAUUUUCUCUAAGUUGUCUCCUGACCUGCUGCUCAUCAUCUUAAACACCAUCAAAGCUGUGAUGACAGAUGAGAACCUCCUUCAAGAGCUCAGCCAGAAAAUGGAAGAAGUUCUUGAGGAAAAUGAUGGUUAUGAGCUGAAAACCGAGAGCCCAGACUUAAAAGAACUGUUCAGCACCUUGCAGCAAUCCCCAAGACAUCGUCUCCUUCAGCUGGCAGAAGGAAUCACCUACGUCCUUGAUGCUUUGCAGGAGUUAAUGGAGCAUCAGCUGCUGCUGCUGCUGGAAUCCUUGGAAAGGAAGAUUGUGUCCCAACAGCUGAACCUGGUUGAAAACCUACUGAAAUAUGACCUGGAAUAUGAGAUGGAGCCUUUUUCUGUGAAGGCCAGGCUGCUCUCUUUCCAACACGAGGAGGACCAGAAGUUAACCAUUGCCCUGGUGGAGCUGAGUGGAGUGCACCUCCAGGAAGAUGGAUCAGCUAUCCCUAGGGAUCAACCCUUUGAGUCCGUGGCAGCCCUGUUUGUGGCCCUGUAUGCCCUCAAACUCCUGAGUGGUUCCAAGUAGGAGGCAUCUGGCCCUGCACAGGGAACCUUUCCACAAGAUGUUGGGAAAUCUCUGCUGACAAGAAAAUUUUCUCUCCCAAUAUCACCCUAGUUAAUAAUCAAGGUUGCUUUGGCUGGCAAAAGCAAAUUUAAGGCAAGAAAACUCAAUAUGGAUGCUUAAGGCUGGAUAUCAAAGUGGAUUUGUCUGUCUAUCUCCCCAAAAAUACUGAGGGAAAACAGGAAAAUCCACAAGCCCAAACAAUCACAGGCCUGGCACCAAUGAUUCAUGUAAUCCUGCUUCUCUCAAAAUGCUGCUGCUGCUGCUGCUUCUGCAAUCUGCAAAUGGGAAAGGGAAGGGCAAAGGGAAUGGAAAGGAAAAUGCAAAGGAAAAGGAAACAAAAGCCAAAAGGAACAUCAGCAGUGGUUCACUUCCUCUGGUCCCUCUGUGUUUCAGCAUGGGAUCCAUGAACUGCUGGUGUCAGGAAGAUGGGGAAAUCCCAGAGGUUUCACUGACACCUCCCUGGUCCCAUCUCCCUGAGAUGCCUGAGGGACACAGGCAGCACUUCAGAGCAAUACUACAAUACUCCCAUUAUCCCUUUAUCAAUAAAGAGCAGCUUCUUGCUAAGCAACUUGGUGGUCUCAAAGGCUGUUUCUUAAUUUGGUGUCUUUUCCAUCCCAUGGCACUCCUAACAACCUCAGGAUUGAGGCUGUACCAGAAAUAAGGGCCUUUGAUGUGGACACAGCAGUCUCAUGUAGAGAACUUUCUAAAAUAAAGUGUGAAUAUUUUUAUUACUCCUUCUAGCAAAGUUCUAACAGACACUAAUAAAAAUAAAGCAUUCAGG